AGUGUAACCCCCUAAUGGUACGGUUUAGUUUUGUUUACCCACAAAGCAUCUGCAUAUUUUGACAUGGCGCCGACAGCAGAGGGAAUGGAGGAAAGAACACAAAGAAAUGUCAUUUUGUUUAAUGCAUCUAAGAAAGAACUGUUUACACCAGGCAGUGGGUAUAAAACACUCAACAGAAAAUUGAGAUCGACAUGGAAAAUUAACACUAACAAGGAAGAGAUUACAGAUGAGAAACUUGCAGGCACCAGAAUAUUUGUGCUGGCAGGAAGCAGAGAUAAAUUCUCAGCUGCUGAGUUUGACUCAAUGAAGCGAUACUUGGACACAGGUGGCAGUAUCCUGGUGAUGGCCGGUGAAGGGGGGGAGUCCAGGUUCGACACAAACAUCAACUUCUUUCUUGAAGAGUUUGGAAUCAAUGUCAACUCAGAUGCUGUUGUUCGGACGUCGUACUACAAAUAUUUCCACCCGAAGGAAUGCCUGAUAUCUAAUGGGGUGUUGAAUCGGGCCAUCAGCCAGGCUGCAGGAAAGUCAGUGGGUUUUGGAAGUGAGGACGAAAACAAUGCCCAAGCCCUGCAGUUUUUGUACCCAUAUGGGGCCACUCUGUCGGCCAUGAAGCCUGCAGUGGCAGUGCUGUCUACGGGGACCGUAUCCUUCCCUCUCAACAGACCAGUGUGUGCCAUGUACAGUCACAAGGGAUCAGGCAAGCUGGUGGUACUAGGGUCAGCCCACAUGUUCAGUGACCAGUACAUAGACAAGGAGGAAAACAGUAAAAUUCUGGAUGUGUUGCUGCAGUUUCUGACAACAGAUGACAUCAAGUUCAAUGUGAUAGAUGCAGAUGCACCAGAGAUCUCUGACUACAACAUGCUUCCAGACGUGGCAAAGAUAUCUGAGCACCUGAAGACAUGUCUACAGGAGAGUGACGACAUCCCGCGAGAUAUCACCACGCUGUUUGACAACUCCCUCUUCAAGCUGGACACCAGUCUUGUGCCUAAGGCCAUCAAAGCGUACGAGCAGUUGAAUACCAAACAUGAGCCUCUUACCUUGAUCACUCCACAGUUCGAGACACCCCUGCCUCCCUUAAACCCAGCUGUGUUUCCUCCCCAGUUCCGAGAGUUGCCUGCCCCUUGUCUGGACCUGUUUGACCUGGACGAGCAGUUCUCAUCAGAGAAAGUGCGCCUUGCACAGCAAACCAACAAAUGUUCUGAUGAUGACCUGGAGUACUAUGUACGAGAAUGUGGUGACAUCCUGGGGGUUACAACCAACCUUGCCCAAGACAAGAGGGACGCUAAACACAUCCUCGAAUACAUCUUCACACAAGUGGUGGAAUUCAAGAAGUUAAAUCAGGAGCGAGAUUUUGACCAGGCCCAGUAUGGUAACGGAGGGGGUGGGGCGGAGGCCAUGUACUGAUCUAAACCAAGUGAAGGGAACCAGGAUACACAAUCACAAAACCUGGAGACCAUGGGAGCCAGAUCUUGAAAACAAGCGUGAAUGUGAUAUAUAAACAUUUCAUACAUUAUGUGCUGAUACAUAUUUUAUUCUCUCAUCAUUUGUCAGCAAAAAAUUUACUGCGUUGUGCAUUAAUUGUGUUACAAUAGGAAAAAAAUAUUACUUGAAGGAAACUGUAAUUAUUUUUAAUUUUACUUAUCUGUCCAGCAUUUUCUCUCUUUUAAGCAUGUUUAGUAACUCGAUGAUAUUUGCAACAGUUCACAGUCUUCAGGUUUUCUUGUGUUGCAAUUGCACCCAACAAUACUGGGUAUUCAAAGUGGGAGUACAGGCCCUUGUUCAUCUUGUACUUUUAAUUGUCUUGAAUUUAAUGUUUUGAGAAAUUUUCUCUUCAAUUCUUCAUGGAAGUUUGAUAUUUCAACAAAUUAAUCAUUACAAACACGUUGAUUUUCGACAUAAGCUAUAAAAAGUUAAACUGUUGUAAGUUAUUACUGUUAUAGUAAAAGAAUUUGGUGUAGUGUGUAUAGAAAGUAUAUGGAAGUGUUAUUGUGGAAGAGAAUUUACCGACCAUUAGAUUAUAAUUAUAUUGACUAAUUAUUACAUUUUAUAUCAUAUUAUUGUUUUUUUGCUUACAGUUUUAAAAUGAUGAAUGAAUCAAUUUGGAUUCAUUUUAAAUUACAAUGCCCAUUACUUUGUGCUAACAUAAUUGUAUAAAGUUGUCUUCGUGUUAUGAUUUAAAAAUUGAUGGGUGCAGACAAGAUCAAAAUCUGUACAAACAAAUUGCCUUUAAAUUUAUUCCACAUUGUCCACAAAUGAAAUAAUCUCAACAAUAUUCUUGAUAAUUGUGAAUAAAUUAUGUUGGUAUGUAAAUAUGCAUGAAUUAUUUAAUUUUGUUAAGAAUUGUAUGUCUGUAGAAUUUGUCACUUUUCAAUAAAUUAUUUAAUUCCUUAACAA